AUGCUCAAUGAAUUAAAGAAAAAAGCAAACUAUGAGAUGUUUGUUUUUGCAAAUUACAAAUUGCCUGGUUUUGCAAAUAAGUUGUCUGGUUUUAAGAAUGAGUUGCCUGUUUCUGCGAACUGUAAAUUGUCUGGUUUUAUAAACUAUGAGUUGCCUAGUUCUGUGAACUAUGAGUUGCCUAGUUCUACAAAUUGUGAGUUGUCUAGUCUUGCGAAUAAUAAGUUAUCUAAUUUAGUAAAUAAUAAAUUGUCUAGUUUUGUAAAUAAUAAGUUGUUUGGUUUUGUAAAUUUUGAAGUAGAUAGUAAUUUAUCUGGUUCUAUGAAUUUUGUAGUAAAUAAUAAUUUUUCUGAUCUUAUGAAUUCUGGAUUUGCUAGUAAUUUACCUAGUUCUGAAUGUUAA